AUGUCCGCCCCCGCCACGGUUUUCGCCGCUUUCUCGGUUCUCAAGGACCAUGUUAAAUUCAAAGUCAGUCAGGAUUCGGUAUCCAUUGACAACAUCGUUUUCAGGCUGCACUACAGAGUUACCUUCCUGUUGCUCCUCGGCGCGUCGAUUUUGGUGUCGUCGAAGCAAUUUAUCGGAGAGCAUAUCAGAUGUAUCGCCGACAAAGAUUUACCGGAAAAAGUCAUCGAGACCUUUUGCUUCUUCACGUCCACCUACACCGUGGUGAAGCAUCUGAAUGCUACCGCGAUAGAGAGAGGUGAAAUGCCACAUCCUGGUGUUGGUCCGGUCAACAACGAAGAUCCCAUCAUACAUCACGCUUAUUAUCAAUGGGUGCCGUUCGUCCUGUUCUUCCAAGCGCUACUUUUCUACGUGCCUCACUAUCUGUGGCGAAGAAUAGAAGGCGGCCGCUUGAAGAUGCUGGUCUCGGGCCUGCACAUGGCGGCCUUAGCGUUGAACGACACGGAGCUUAAGAUAUCGGAGAAAGUCACGGUGCCGUCGAAGCAAGAGCGCGACGAGAGGAUACAGCAGAUCCGUAUCGGUUUCCUGAACCGCCUGCACCUGAAUCGACCGUGGGCAUACGGUCUGACUUUUUGCGAGGUCAUGAAUUUCACGAACGUGAUCAUGCAAAUUUACUUGACCGACUGGUUCCUCGGCGGUGCUUUCCUCGGACUCGGUCAGUCACUCGUCGAGCCGGUACCUGAGGAUCUGGCGAAUCCGCUCGAUAUCGUGUUCCCGAAGGUGACCAAGUGUAUCUUCUACAAGUACGGCCCUACCGGCACCAUACAAAAGCACGACGCGCUGUGCGUGAUGGCACUGAACAUCGUUAACGAGAAGAUCUAUACAGUCCUCUGGUUCUGGUUUAUCUCGCUGGCAGUGGUAACCGGUUUGGGAUUGGUUUGGAGAAUGCUGACCAUGAUCCUUCACGCGAGGAGCACGUCAUUCAACAAGCUUGUAUUUUCCAUGGCCUGUCCCGGAAGGUUUAAUCCAUGGAACGUGCUCAGCGUGACGCACGAGUAUUAUUUCGGCGACUGGCUAUUCCUCUUUUACAUCGCCAAGAAUUUGGACAAUUACGUGUUCAAAGAGCUGCUGCAACAAUUGGCGGAGGACCUUGAGAGUCGACGGCUCCGUUACAACCUCCUGCCCUUGGACGUAGAGGAUGACUUGCUGAAAAAGGAAUAAGGCACGCGAAAUGACGAAUUUCGUGCGGAAGAACUGCGGAUCAUCGUUCAUAACUGAACUCGAAAACACGAAAACAUCGUGCGCUGGAUCCACCGUCAUUUCUCCGCUAGAUUUCUCUCGCCCGUGUCGUAACGCGA